CUUAACUUUUGAGUGAGUGAUCUGCAGUCUUAAUGGGAUUUAAAUGUAUUUUUGUAAGUAAUUUCCUAGUUUUUUUAAAAAAGCAAACUGAAAAAACCCCCAGAAAUUCUAUCAUGUGGAACCAUAUUGAUUCUCACAUGGGUCAUCUUCAGAUUUCAGAAUUUUAAAUCCACAGCACAGCCCUCUACCACUUGAACUAAAAGAAUAACUGAUAGCAGUAGUAGGUUGACAUUCUCUAUGUGGGCCAGCAACGAGGGGGUGGGGGAUGAGGCAUACAUUUUGGGUUACACAGAUAUUUGCUGACAGAAAAGGAAUGAUGAGGCCCAGGAAUCCUAGGUUCCAUUCCAGGUUCUGAGGGGAGUGUUCUCUAGUGAUUAGAGACUUCUGUCCCUGUUCCCUGAAAACCAGGCCCCUUCUGCCCACCAAUGCCUCCAGCCUGUCCUAGGACCAGCCCCAGUUAUCCAUCCCCCAUCUCCUCAUCCCUGUCCAGAGCCUUGCCCCCACAGGCCCCACCCAUCAGUCCUCUGGGUCUUCAUCGCAGUCUCCCCUUCAUCACCACCCCAGUUCCUCACUUUCUGCAUUACAGCUAGCAAGUACCUCCUCUUCCCUGCUGAGGCGCCAGUGGUGGAUCAGUCUCCCAGCUCUCAGUUCCUGUGUCUGCUGCCUCAGCUGGCAAGGAGACAAUUACAGGGAAAGUCCUUCAGGUCUGGGCUGGAGAAUGCUCAGAGAAAACAAAAUCCUCAGACACUCUGUCUCUACUGAGAUGUGCAAACUGAAAUUUUCAGUCUCAUAACUUGGACAAAUUUAGGUAGAUAUUCACAGUGAAGACACAGGACGUGUACCUUACAUCAAGGACCUGCACCUUAUUCCAAGUCCCUGGACCAAAGGACAGAGGUUCCAAUAACCUUUCUCUAAAAUGCCCAUGAUAUGUUUGUCAGACUUUGAAGCUUAUGCUAAGAAGCAUCUGCCCAAGACCACUUGGGAAUUUUUUGCAGGUGGAGCUGAUGAGUGUUGCACCCGAGAUGACAACCUCCUGGCAUAUAAAAGAAUCCGCUUCCGGCCACGCAUGUUGCGGGAUAUGUCUGUGAUAGACACUAGGACUAUUCUUCUAGGGACUGAAAUCAGCUUCCCUGUAGGGAUUGCUCCCACCGGUUUCCACCGGCUGGCUUGGUCCGAUGGAGAGAAGAGCACAGCAAGAGCAGCUGAAGCCAUGAACACCUGUUACAUCACCAGCACAUACUCCACCUGCACGGUGGAGGAGAUUGCUGCAGCUGCACCCAAUGGCUUCCGAUGGUUCCAGCUGUACAUUCAUCGCAACAGGGCACUCUCAGAGGGACUGAUCCGACGUGCAGAGGCCGCGGGUUUUCAAGGCCUGGUGCUCACUGCCGAUCUUCCCUACCUUGGGAAGAGACGAGACGACAUCCGCAACAACUUCCAGCUCCCACCGCACAUGACAGUGAAGAACUUUGAAGGAGUUUUUGAGGAAGAGAGUUGUUCUGAGUAUGGCCUCCCGCCUAACUCCAUAGACCCUUCUAUAAACUGGAAUGACAUCUAUUGGCUGCAGAGCCUGACUCGCUUGCCUAUCAUUGUCAAGGGAAUUUUGACAAAGGAAGAUGCAGAUCUGGCAAUGAGACAUGGAGUUCAGGGGAUUAUUGUCUCCAACCAUGGUGGAAGGCAGCUGGAUGGAGGACCUGCCACUGAGCAUCUGGCACCGGCCACUGUUGGAAGGCAGGAUACUGGGCUAGAUGGACCAUUGGUCAGACACAGUAUGGCCAUUCUUGUAUUCAGAAUGCUGCUGCCAAAAUUGUCUUCCUCUGAUCAUGUUAUUCCCCUGUUUGAAUCCCGCUGUUGGCUCCCCUUUAUCUUUCACAAAACUUCAUCCUUCAGAAAUUCAUUUUCAAGGCACCUCACAACUCCACUCUGCUUAUUUCUCUGCUCUCAUGUCUUUCAAGCCAUAUUCCCUUCACUCUGUACAAGCAUCCACCUUGCAUCUUCCCUUUGUAUCCUUCUCUCCCUCCUGUUUCCAUGCUGUCUUUCAUGCCAGAACCAGUCCCUUCUAUUCUUGUGGAGCAAAUGACCAUCAUUGAAAUCUCUACUUGAAAUUAAUUUCCCCAGAGUCUUUCAGGGGUACAAAUCCUCAACAACAUCAAAAGGGAAAAGGGAAGAAUUUAAAACAAACUAAAGAUCUUCAACAUCUUUGUUCUGCACCUUAAGUAGGGCAGCGAGUGUUUCUAUGGCACAUUCUACUGUAUGUACUCAUACAGUACGUACUAGGCCAUGGUGGGUACACUGUCAAUGCUCAUUAAAUAGUGGAACUAGUUGAAAAUUUUCAAAUAAACCUGUUUUUGCUGAAAAAUUCCCUUUUUUCUCCCUCAGAUUUUUUUUUACAAAUAUUUUUAUCUUUUAUCAUUUAUUUUCUAUUUUCAAAACAAGAAAUUUUCAAAAAUGGUUUCUUUUUACAUUUUUAAUUUUGGGGGGAAGAACCUGCAUGCCAUGUGACCAAAAAUGCAAUUUAAAAGUAUUUCAAAAAUGGAAAACAACAAAAAUGUCCCACUAUUCACUUUGUUAUUUUUGUGUUUGUUUUGUUUUUUUAAUCAGCAAUAACAAAUAAAUCAAGUAAUCAUAACAUGUUCAUGACACUAGAAACUGGGAUAAACGAUUUGGCAAGUAGACUGGAGGACUGCAUUUUUUUCUACAAUUUAGAAACACAUAUAUGGCAUUUUGUAUUAUGAGGUGCAUCAUUAAAUUUCAGUUUAAAAGAGCAUAAGCAGUAAUAGAAGGUCUUACAUGUUUGUACCCCCCCCCCCUUCUCUUCUUAUAUCUUUCUCUAAGAAUCAAAGGCUGAAUUCUAUGUAAAAGUAUCU